AGGGGACUGUGCAGUUCUGAGCAGGAGGUAUUUGAACAGAAAGAGCCCCUGUCAUCAUUAAUAUGAUGGCCAACACGAUUGGCGCUGCAGCUCUGUGUGGAGACCUCAAGGCCUUUCUGAACCAAAACCUGUCCAAAGGCAACAUUUCCCUGUUAACGCCGUCCAGCUACAGCCCAGCCAACAAGAUCACACUAGGAACGGUCAAUUCAAAUGUGGGAGCCCAGAUGAUUUUAAGCACACCACAGAGAGUCUCUCACUCUGGAAAUAUCCUCAUCGGCAGCCCGUUUACGCCCCACACAACGCCGGUUGCCAUGGUUACUCAGGCACACCCACCCGAAGGCAACGAGUGGACCCCGGGGAACAAAAAAAGGACGCACGACUACAUCGACUCCUAUUACUCAGACAGGGACGGCCUGUGUUCGAGUGACUCUUCAUCCAGUAAGAGAUUGAAAAGGGCGGAUAAGAAUGGUAAAGGCCUGCGGCAUUUCUCCAUGAAGGUGUGCGAGAAGGUCCAGAAGAAAGGCACUACGUCGUACAACGAGGUGGCAGAUGAGCUGGUAGCCGAGUUCACACACGCCAGCAGUCUGAUGCCUGCAGACUCUCAGGUGUACGACCAGAAAAACAUUCGCCGGCGUGUGUAUGACGCGCUCAACGUGCUGAUGGCCAUGAACAUUAUCUCCAAAGAGAAGAAGGAGAUACGCUGGAUCGGCCUUCCCACAAACUCAGCCCAGGAGUGCCGCAACUUAGAGUUGGAAAAACAGAAGCGUUUGGAAAGAAUCCGGCAGAAACGAGCGCAGCUAGAAGAGCUAAUAUUACAGCAGGUCGCCUUUAAGAAUCUGGUGCAGAGGAACCAGGCCAGCGAAGCGUCGUCCCGUUCCAGUCCUCCUGCAGGAUCUGUCAUUCAGCUUCCCUUUAUCAUUCUCAACACAGACGUCCGCACCGUCAUCGACUGCUCCAUCUCUAGCGACAAGUGUGAAUACCUCUUCAACUUUGACAACACGUUUGAGAUUCACGAUGACGUUGAGAUCCUGAAGCGGAUGGGAAUGUCUCUGGGCCUUGAGAACGGCACAUGCUCUCCACAAAACCUCACUCUGGCCAAAUCUCUGGUGCCCAAAUCUCUCGAAGCUUACAUCACCAAUAUGGCUAGAAAUUCCACCAGAACACCUCUCAGCCUCACAAGCAGCACUGCCCUGUCACAUACCUCCGAGUCCCGCGUGCUGACGCCCAGCUCCUUCAACGAGGACGAUGAUGAGGACGAUGAUGACGACGACAGCCCCUCAUCUCCAGAGUGAUGCUUUCCCGAAACGUGCCGGGGAGGACUACUACACAGGAAAAUAAGCUGACACUCCUCUCUGCGGGACAUAUUUUAACUAGCGUCUCUUCCCUCCUCCUGACUGGCUGCGGGUUGGAGACGGGCACAUGUGUUUCUGUGGUGCUUUCAGGCCAGCGAGCCGCAGUUUUGAGUGAUUCGUUUAAAAGAAGAGCCUCACGUCAUCUCAGUACUUCAUAUCCAGAGGACGUUCCUAAAUUGUAUUUAUUUGGGUCAUAUUCCAGUAUGACGGUAUCUGUAGUCCGGUGGGCUAGUGCCACUUUAUUUGACUUGUCUCCGUGGAGGGCAACUUGUUCACCGAUUGGACGGAAUUACAUAGACAAAAAAAGGUUGUUUUAUAGGUUGAUUCAGUGUCAUUUUGUUGUGUUGUAUAGUUUACUCUUGACAUUCAUCACAGUAGUUGAAGGAGGAUAAAAGGAGGUCGUCCGUCUGCUGUUCUGGGAGGCGAGUGGCCUCCAGAAUGUUGCAUGCUGGGAGAUGUAGUCUUGUUGCGAGGGAUUUUUGUUGGCAUUCAGAAGGAAAACGCUCCAGAUCCACUCAGGUUGGCAUUUUACACCAACUCGGCCAUAUAGAACUAAUAUGAAUUUUGAAUUUUGGUUUGCAAUGUAACUGUAUGUAUAUGUAUACAUAUAUAAACAUAUAAUUUUG